AUGCAGCCCGCAUUUUAUAUUGACGCCUAUCCUGGACUUUGCGACCAAGUCUGCACCUUGCGCAUCAGGGACCGGACAAAGGAGAGAGCGUGUGAGUCAGAUGAAAGCGGCCCAAAGGUGGAGACGGUCGGAACAGCUGCGCGGCCCAGAAUCCGUGGCCCGUUCUGCAACUGGGCCCGAGGGCCUGCGCUGUGUUCGGCACGCCGUCGCCCGACGACGGGCGCGAUGGCGAGGCUGGUAACAGGCCCUCUCGGGAGUCGACAGGGGCCUGCAGCGAAUGAGUCUUCUUCCAACCAGACUGUCUGCUCCGCCUUAGGCCUAAGUGCCCUGGAGCCACUUAGCGAGUCCGUCAGUGAGGGUGCGCCGUCUAACCGGUCUCGGCUUGAGGUCUUGGCGGCGGCCUUCGUACUUUUGGCACAGCGCCUUGUCCCUGUGCCAAGGCAACACGGCCUCGUAGGCGCUCGAAGGGAAAAGGUAUCGCAAUCGAGGCUGCGAAGCUUUUGUCUGUCCUUCAUGUAG